AAUGCUUGUCUGAUUUGGACCGUUGGCACCACAACUUUUUCAUUGUUCCUGAUCCCUCUUCAUACUAUUCUUGUCCAUCGAUUUUCUAGCAUCUUUAAUUUGGUAGAAAUUGUAAAGGUUUCCAGAUAGAACAUGCACAUUCUCGAAUUCAUUAUUAAAUAGCGGUAUUCGGUUUCAAGAAUUGGGGUUGGUGUUAUUAAACUUGAAUUUGUUGGGUGUGUUUUCUUUAUAUUCUGUUUGGUUGUCUAUUUACUUCCAUAAACACAAAGGGAGGAAUGUAUAUUGAGGGUGUGAAUCAAUAUCAAUCAAACGACGAUCGUAGCAUUGUUGUUCGGGAUGCCAAACACGUUUUGAUUGGAGCUGGGGCUCGUGCUCUGUUUUACCCGACGCUGGUUUACAAUGUAAUUAGAAACAAAAUUCAAUCUGAAUUUCGAUGGUGGGAUCGAGUCGAUGAGUUUGUUUUAUUAGGUGCUGUUCCAUUUGUUGCUGAUGUCCCUCGCUUGAGAGAACUUGGUGUUGCUGGAGUGGUGACUCUAAAUGAACCAUAUGAGACUUUGGUUCCAUCAUCACUAUAUCAUGCUCACAACAUUGAUCAUCUGGUGAUUCCUACAAGAGACUAUCUUUUUGCCCCAUCAUUUGCUGAUAUAUGCCUAGCUGUAGAUUUUAUACAUGAAAAUGCAUCUCUUGGGAAGACAACAUAUGUUCACUGCAAGGCAGGCCGAGGGCGUAGCACAACCAUUGUUCUCUGCUACCUGGUGGAGCACAGACAAAUGACUCCUGCUGUUGCAUAUGAACAUGUGAAAUCUAUCAGGCCAAGAGUACUUUUGGCCUCUUCGCAGUGGCAGGCUGUUCAAGACUACUAUCUUUACAAGGUGAAAAAAACUGGAAGCUCUGACUGCAAGACAGCCGGCAAAUCUCUAGCUCUCCCAGCAGAAAAGGAAACAACAGCCUUUGAUGAUAGCUCUGUAGUUAUUGUAACAGAAUUGGACCUUGAUGGAUAUGACGCUAGCAAGGACUCAGGUGUAUCAAGGAAUGAGAUGUUUGCAGAAGCAAGUCUAGGUUGCAGGGUUCAAUUUGCUAGUCAAGCAGCUAUUGCUAGACUUUCAUGCCGGUGGCUUCGGUGCCAUACUGACCAGGAAACAUCUAAAAAGAAGCUUGCAAACUCAGUGAGCACUGAUCAGUUGGGGAGUCUUGGCUUUGACAUCCGGGUUUAUUAA